UGUGACGGUUAUGGUCACGAGGGCUGGAUGUCACAUGCUCGCUUAGCGAGGCGCUAGCGCGCACGACCUGUAUUUAGUUCCCAGCUCUCUCGAGCUCUCCUUCUUUCCUCGUCUUUUGUCCUAAGAAUAGAGUGUUAAUUGUUCUGAGUUCUACCUGAAGCACGUCUGUCACAUUACAAAAGACCCUUAGUUGAGGCUAAGUAUCCCAGGUCUAAGUUCACGUUCACGUCCAAGUUCAGGUCCACGAUCUUACGUCUCAAUUCUCACGAUUUCUACCACUUUCUUGUGCGCAAGAACCCUACACUUUACAACACGACGAAACCUCUUCUUUUUUCGACUUCUCUACAAUGGAUGCCCUUCAAGUUCAGUCCGCCAUCGCUGAGUUGCAAGCUGAAGUCCAGCGACAGCGCGACGAGAUUCACUUACUCCGGUCAAGAACAUCCGCAAAGCCUAAACCUUCCCUCCCAGACCCUGACAAAUUCACUGGCCAGGCUCAUAAAUUCGACACCUGGCUUCCCUCAAUCAAAGCAAAGCUACGAGUCGACGGUACAGCUAUUGGAGACGCUAUUGCGCAGUUCUACUACGUCUACCUCAACCUUGACUCCCACGUCCAAGCCAUGGUCCUUCCACAGCUCUCUCAAGCAGAAGACACCCAAAGCUGGGACUACCAAACAAUCCUCGAACAGCUCGCGCGCGUGUACGACAAUCCAAACAAGGUACAGGAGGCGGAAGACAAGCUAUUUGCCCUCAAGCAAGGUGCUGACUCAGUCCCUACAUAUAUCGCCAAGUUUGAGCGUGUCCUUUACGAAGCAAGAGGUCAGGACUGGCCAGAUGUCAACAAAAUUUCCACCUUUAGGAAUGGCCUUAAUUCUACUCUUCGCGGACGACUUUCUCAACAACUCAACCUACCUCGCGAUUAUACUACAUUCAUACGCGUCGUACAACAAUUAGCAGGCCGCUUCUCUUCGUCUACACAACCUACACAGUCCUACUCCUCUGGCAACCACCACAGCGAACCAAUGGACAUAAAUGCUUUUAGCAUCAAUUCCAUCGACCCAUCCUCUCCUCCACGCGCUCGCUCUAUUUCCCCUGAGCGUAGAGAUCAAUAUAGAGCUGAAGGCAGGUGUGUACGAUGUGGCUCCUUGGAACACUGGGUCAACGAUUGCAUACUCCGUCCUUUCUCACCAGGACCACAAGGAAGGAAAUCAGCCAUAGAUUUGGGGGAUCUACCAGCUGGGGAGGCAUUCCCAAAGCCAGUACGAAAGCAGAUUGCAAGACCAGGCAGAGUAGUAAUAGCAGCUAUGAACGACAAUGCUUACGAUAGCGCGGAGGUAGAUUCGGACGAUCCUGACCAUCCAGAUGCCUGGCAAAAGGGUAUUUUUCACAAUUAGUUCAGAUUUUCAACGCUCGGGGCGAGCUCUUUUUAAAGGGGGGGGUGAUGUGACGGUUAUGGUCACGAGGGCUGGAUGUCACAUGCUCGCUUAGCGAGGCGCUAGCGCGCACGACCUGUAUUUAGUUCCCAGCUCUCUCGAGCUCUCCUUCUUUCCUCGUCUUUUGUCCUAAGAAUAGAGUGUUAAUUGUUCUGAGUUCUACCUGAAGCACGUCUGUCACACUAAACGUAGCUUUUUACCUCGAGGGCCUACUAUAGCGAAUAGCCUUACUUUUACCGAAUUAAGAUGUUGUAUAGAUAAAUAAAGGGGGUAGGAGUAGUAGUGGUAGGAUAUUUAGGUAGGUUAAAGUUAGGUCUUUUUUACAGGGUUACAAAAAGUGUAGAUUUCGGAGUUUUGACGGCACCCAUUUAUAGCGCUGUAUGCACGGAGGCACGCUCGGCUCGGAAGGUCUCUCUUUGGCUUGAUGUGCAGGGAUCUGAACCCCUCUCGCGCUCCUCAAACACCUCCAUACAUUCACCUCCUCUCCCUUCUCCAUACUUGUACUCUAGCUUCGCCCCACUCCCACUCCCACCCCCAGAAACGAGAAACACUUCAACAGCCUACUAAAUCAUAAGGAAGUCCUCAAAACUCCAGAAACCUACCCCCGCAUCGCAAUCCUGCUGUGAACUCUCGGAAUGCUUUUGCGACGGCCGCAACGUGCUCCGAUAGUGGAUUAUCAUGGAUGAGUUUGAGUACACCCUCGACAACGAACAGCAAUUCUGGGACGGUGCGUGUUCCCCUCCUUCUAGCGCAUGAGCUGCGCAGUGCAGGUAGUUUGCCUUGGAACGAAUCGCAGCUGAUUACUCCUCCGUGAUGUAGAGCUCGAUGAUAUUGUCGGUACGAAAUGCUCGUCCCAUGGACUGAUCGAUAACGCCCUGCGCUCCUAUCUACACUUCGUUUCGAAAUUCAAAGACGAGUACAUACAAUCCGAUUAUGACGUGGCGCGAUGCAUACAGAAGCUUCUCCGAAGCGAGAUCUUCGAGUUGAAUAAGGAGUAUGUUCGGAUUCAGCUUAUUCAUUGUUUACUGCAGGAGGAUGAGCCUGCGACCCUGCACUUUCUGACGGGCUUCCUGCUGUUCGAUGGACGGCAGAAUGAAGCCACAUUUGAGAAGAUGGUCCAGGAAGGCUGCUUUCAACGGUUAAUUGAAUUGAUCAAGCAGGGCCGGAGGGAGGAUCCGCGAUUACAUCGACUUUUGCUAGAAGUCCUCUACGAAUCGUCACGAAUGCAGCGAUUAGAUGCCGAAGAUUUGGGGCAUGUGGAUGAUGAGUUUGUCACUUGUCUCUUUCAAAUAAUUGAAGAACUAUCUGAUGAUGUCGAUGACCCAUAUCAUUACCCCGUCAUUAGAGUUUUGGUCAGUGUUUGCUGCUACUGCUGCUGCUGAACCAUUCCGAAAUUCUAACAUUAUCUUAUAGCUGGUGCUAAACGAGCAGUACAUGGUCGCCGCGACCUCUUCCCCCGUAGAAGGACAGUUGCCAUCCUCUCCUUUGACGAAUCGAGUUAUCAAACUACUGGGCAUACACGGACAUCCCUACAAGACUUUUGGGGAAAACAUAAUACUUCUAUUGAAUCGCGAAACAGAGACUUCCCUCCAACUUCUCAUUCUAAAACUCCUCUACUUGCUCUUCACCACAAGCGCCACGCACGAAUACUUUUAUUUCAACGACCUUCGAGUGCUUUUGGAUGUGAUAAUAAGGAACCUUCUAGAUCUCCCCGACGAGCUCAUUUCACUCCGUCACACCUACCUCCGAGUUCUAUAUCCACUUCUAGCACAUUCCCAACUCAACGAAGAACCCUAUUACAAACGUGACGAAAUAAUAAAAGUUCUUCGGAGUUUGAGAAAAUCAGGAACUGCUCACUGGGAACCCGCAGAUGAAACCACAAUCCGCCUAGUAGACCGCGUAGCCAAGGUCCCCUGGCUCCGAGACGAUGAUAUUCAAGAAGGAGAAGUUGCACGGAAAAUCCUUGGCAUCUCCUUAUCCCCUUCACAAACAGGCAGUUCCAUCAGCGUCGUUGACGUAGCCGCCGUCUCAGAGAAACCCGGCGUCCAAACACCAAGUCGAAACGACGAACCGGCACAUGACACAAACGGGCACGUCAAAGACGCACCACCACUCAACCUCACCCCAUCCGAGAUAGGAAAAUCCGAGCACAGAACUGAACACACUACGAGGAGAGGAAGGCGAUACCCACCCCCACCUGUUCCCAUGUCUCGUUUGACCAAAUUAUCUAAUUUGGAAAACGGGAAGAAACUCCCUCCUAAAGCCCCUCCUAGGAGACGAACAAAGUUAAAGACUGUCUCCGCAUCUGAACUUAUAGCUGCGGAAUCUCAGGUCUCUCACCACUCAUGACAUCCUUAGCGAUCAUUGAAGGGGCGAGGGAAAAGAUUCUUCCCACACAUACAUACAUCAUUUAUAUUCUUACCACAUUACUUCUCCAUUAUAGCGUCGGCGUUUGCUCCUCUCUCUUUGAACUUAUUUUUCCGGGAAGGUUGGUGCAGUUGGUAGGAUUACAUCUUGGGGAUGGAUUGGAUUGGAUGGAUGGAGGGACUCGAAGCAAAGUCCAAGAGCCUGCGCGGCAUGGCAUGGCAUGGUAUUUAUGUAUUUAGGUUAUGUUGAGCAACGGGACGGGAUGGGUCGGGUAGGCCAAGAUUCCAGCGAAAAAAAAGUGACAUAUGGGCAUGCUGGCUGGCUAGAUUUUGGGUUUUCGCGUGGCUUUGGUUAUAAUCAUAAUAGUUGAGUUGAAAGGGAGAUAGAAAUAGAGAGGAUUCUCACGCGCGUAGGAAACUCGCUUGUGGGCUUCUUGG